AAGCGCUUGCAGUAAUGAUUUUAAGUUGAAAAACAAGCGUCCAAAACUGAAAAUUUGUUGUGAAACAUUGAACACGUGAAAGCUAUUAUUUUAUUGAAAAUUUAAUCUUUAACCAUAAAAAUGCCGAAAGAACGAGUAAGAAAGAAGUCCAGACAGCAUACAGAAGUUCAGAAACAAGGUAUCAACUUUAACAAAGACUUUGGUCAGCAUAUUUUGAAGAAUCCUCUUGUGGUGAAUAGCAUGGUAGAGAAGGCAGCAUUACGUCCUACUGAUGUGGUUCUUGAGGUUGGACCUGGUACUGGAAACAUGACCAUGAAACUUCUUGAAAAAGUUAAAAAGGUAAAUGCAUGUGAAAUUGAUCCCAGAUUGGUUGCUGAGUUACAGAAGAGAGUGAUGGGAACGCCAUAUCAGACCAAGUUACAUGUUCUAGUUGGUGAUGUGCUAAAAACAGAUCUACCAUUCUUUGAUGUAUGUGUGGCGAAUCUUCCAUACCAGAUAUCUUCUCCUUUUGUAUUUAAAUUACUUCUCCACAGACCUUUCUUUAGAUGUGCAGUUCUGAUGUUUCAAAGAGAGUUUGCCCAGAGACUUGUAGCAAAACCAGGGGAUAAACUUUACUGUAGAUUGUCUGUCAACACACAACUCCUGGCAAGAGUGGAUCAUUUAAUGAAGGUUGGAAAGAAUAACUUUAGGCCACCUCCUAAAGUAGAAUCUAGUGUUGUUAGAAUAGAACCUAGAAAUCCACCACCUCCUAUCAACUUUCAGGAAUGGGAUGGUCUUGUCAGGAUAUGUUUUUCAAGAAAGAAUAAAACCAUUGGUGCUUCAUUUAGGUUUACAAAGGUGUUAGAACUGCUAGAGAAAAAUUACAAAGUUCACUGUUCAUUGAAAAGUAUUCCUGUACCGCCAGAUUUUGAUGUCAAAGCCAAAAUAACAGAUAUGCUAGAAAAAAGUGGAUAUGAAUUAAAACGAGCUAGAACUAUGGAUAUAGAUGACUUUUUAGGACUCUUAAACUGUUUCAACUCUGAGGGCUUCCACUUUUCAUGAUGAAAAUGCAAAUGGUUAUUUUACUUCAAAAGGGGAGUAACUCUGCUAUGCAUGAAGGGGAAAAAGUCACAUUUAUCACGUCAUGGUAUUCCUUAACUCUCAGAAUCGUCAAGUUAGAUGUGACAUGCAUCAAAGUGGGAUCAAACUCUCCUUGAGACAUGCUUGAGUUGUACAUUAUUUAGGCACCAGGGCAUAGCUAGAUAUUGUUAAAUCAUUGAACAAUUCAAGCAAUCACACCCUUGUCAGAGACUAUACUAUAUAUAUUCAUAUGAAGUUAAGGUAUUGUUACAUCGUAUAGACAUUAAGUUGUGUGUUGAGAAGAAUAAUCCAGCAUGGAUUGUUUAAAAUUAAAUAAGUCAUUCUAAGUAAAUGCUAGUUUAUAAUGUGUCAAAGGGCUCAAGUAACAAAAAUGCUGAUAUUUCUUUUCUGAUAUGAUGAUAUGUUUAAAUUUAAUAUUAGUGCAAAAUUAUUUAUGAUUGUUGGUGAAUGUUUUACUUUUGUUCUGUUUUAUUGCAACAAGAUUUUGUCUGGUAAAUUUCUUCCAGGUGAUAUUUCAACUGAAGUAAAUAUGCAAUCCUAUUGACAUUUAAUAUGAAUAAUAGUGAGAUUGAGUGUGUUAUUUUUAAAUUGAUUAUUUAUGAUGAAUAACUUAUUAAAGGGAAAGGGGUGAUCUAUUAUCGGCUUUACAUUAUUAUCUAUCAUUUAAACAGAGGCACCAUAACAAUGAAAUCAACAUGUUUAUAAUCAGUGUACGAUAAAUAAAUAAAAAAAACAACAACAGAAUUUUCUUCCUAGGCAUUUAGAAAUGAUGAUUGGAACUAUUACUAAAGUUACAACAAAAAAGCA